GAGACAGACCUUUGAUCUGACUGACGGGUGGCCCAUUCCUCGUUGACCCAAAAUUCUUUUCCAUGUUCCCCUGUUUCUGAAAACUUUUCAUAUUUGCCUGAACCUUUGUCUCAUCAAUUCUAUUAAUCCCCCAUAUAUAUCUAGUGUAUAGAUUGGGUGGUUUGUACAUUACAAAAAAAUAUCAGUGCUCGCAUCCAUACCCAACAACUUUCUCGAGAAAAUCUGCAAGAAAAUUCACCUUUUGUUUCCUGAAUUCAAGAAAUUUUCUUAAUGGGAGGAAAGAUUGGGUUUUUUGAUCUUGAGAAGCACUUUGCCUUUUACGGCGCUUACCAUAGCAACCCAAUCAACAUAGCCAUACACAUGUUGCUUGUUUGGCCCAUCUUCUUCACAGCUCUUCUCAUUCUAUACUUCACACCAUCUCUAUUUAGCCUCCCUUACAUCGAGUUUUCUUCAUUUGGGAUCAAUUUUAUUUUGAUUCUGAAUAUUGGGUUCUUGCUUGCUUUAAUCUAUGCUGUGUUUUAUAUCUGUUUGGAUGCGAAAGCUGGUUCUUUGGCUGCCUUCCUCUGUUUCAUCUGUUGGGUUUUCAGUAGUUUCUUUGCGAGUCAACUGGGAUUGUCACUUGCUUGGAAGGUUGUUCUGGCAGCUCAGCUGGUAUGUUGGACAGGACAAUUCAUCGGCCAUGGGGUAUUUGAGAAACGCGCACCAGCUCUUUUGGACAAUCUCUCUCAAGCCUUUCUGAUGGCUCCUUUCUUUGUUCUGUUGGAGGCUCUACAAAGCUUUUUUGGGUACGAACCAUACCCGGGGUUCCGUGUUGCAGUUCAAGCAAAGAUAGAUGCUGAAAUAAAUGAAUGGCAAGAUAAGAAGCAGAAACUAAUUUCUUAAAUUUAUGCUGGUGUUUGUGCAGCAUUACUGUCUACGAAUAAUGACAAAAAUUUGUAAUUAUAAGCCUUCAUGUAUAUGCACAUUCUGAUUCUUAAAGUUACUUGAUAUUUAGUGGAUUUUAGAAAGCCAUGA